AUGUCUGACAUUAUCAACAAGAAGCUCAUCCUGGUCAUCGGGGCGACCGGCGCGCAGGGCAUCGCAGUCAUCGACAAGCUCCUCGAGCCUGCCGCCGACGGAUCCCCCUCUCCCUACGCCGUGCGUGCCCUCACGCGCGACCCGGCGAGCCGCAGGGCGAAGCUGCUCGCCGACAAUGGGGUCGAGCUAGCGAAAGGAGCGUUUGAUGAUCUUCCCUCAGUGUACGCGGCGCUGGAGGGCGUGUGGGGCGCGUGGGUCAACACCGACGGUUUCACCGUCGGGGAGGUCAAGGAGCUGUUCGCGGGGAUGAGGAUCUUCGAGCUCGCGAAGCAGACCGGGACCGUGCGGCACUACGUCUGGAGCAACCUAGACUACUCGUUCAAGAAAGGUGGAUACAAUCCGACGUACCGCGUCGAGCAUUACGACGGCAAAGGCCGUGUCGGCGAGUGGAUGCAGGCACAGCCGUCGGUUGUCAGCGACGACGACAUGUCCUGGAGCAUCGUCACGUCUGGCCCCUACAUGGAGAUGCUUAACAUCGGAAUGUUCGGCCCCAUCGGGCAGCGUAAAGACGGUACAUUCGUGUUCGCGUCUCCGAUCGGCAAGGGACACGUCCCGAUGAUCGCACUCGAAGACCUCGGCUUCUUCGCGCGGUACACGUUCGACCACCGCGCGGAGACGUCCGGGAAAGACCUCGAGAUCGCCACGGACUGGGUUGACUGGGACUACCUCGUGAAGACGUUCACGAAGGUGACGGGGGAGAAGGCGGUGGUGCUGCACCGGACGUUCGACGAGUGGUCCGAGAUAUUCGUGCGCACGGACCACCCGGUCGCGAACGAGCGGGCGUUUGGGGACGGGUCGACGACGUGGCGGCAGAACUUCGUCGGGUUCUGGGCGCAGUGGCGGGACGACGUGAUCCGGCGCAACUUCGACUGGCUGCGGAAGGUGAACCCGAACGGGUAUACGCUCGAGAGCUGGAUGCGCGCGAAGAACUAUAACGGCAAGAUCAACCAGCGGGCGCUGUCAAAGAAUACGGGCGCCGUCGAAACGACGACGCUUUUGAAGAACAUGGAGGACGACAAGGCGAUCCUGUUGAAUAAGGAGGCGAUUGCGCGACUGCUGGUCUAG